GGACUUGACCCUGGCAUCGAUCACAUGCUGGCCAUGGAGUGCAUCGACCAAGCCAAAACUGAUGGCUGUGCUGUGGAGUCCUACAGUUCGUUCUGUGGUGGACUUCCUGCUCCCGAGUGUUCAGACAAUCCUCUGCGCUACAAGUUCAGCUGGAGUCCAUACGGUGUCCUUCUCAACUCCAUCAGCCCUGCCGUUUUCCUCAGAGACAACCAGGUGGUGAGUGUCCCAGCUGGUGGGUCUUUGAUGGACUCCACCACAGAUAUGGAUUUUUUCCCCGGUUUCAACCUGGAAGGAUUUCCGAACCGUGACAGCACUAAGUACUCCAAACCCUACGGCAUCCAGACUGCUCAUACACUUAUCAGAGGAACUCUGCGCUUCAAGAAAGACGUGCUGUGUCAGCAGCUGGGCUUGAUGGCACCUGUCUCUCAGGAGGGUUUUGAAGCAGCGGUGUUUGAACGUGUUGGACGGGACCAGUUCAGAAUGGAUACACUGAAAUGGUUUGGGUUGCUGGGAGAGGACCCGGUUCCUCAUGCUGACAGCACUCUGAGCGCACUUGCUAAACAUCUGGAGAGCAGACUUUCUUUUGGUAAGAGGGAGCGAGACAUGAUCGUCAUGAGAAACGAUGUGGGCAUCCGACAUUCGACGGGCGAGCUGGAGACCAAACACAUCAGCCUGGUGGUUUACGGGGACCCCAAUGGCUUCUCCGCCAUGGCCAAGACUGUAGGUUACCCAGCAGCCAUUGCUGCCCGCAUGAUCUUGGACGGUGAAAUCCAAACAAAAGGUCUGGUGGUUCCGAUGACCAAAGAUGUGUACGGGCCGGCGCUGGCCCGGCUGAAGGAUGAAGGCCUGAACAUCAUGAUGAAGAGCACUCUGCAGGACUGAGAGCUCAGCUUUUAGACCUCGAGUCACUUUCAGUCACAGAUGUCCAUUUCUGUCCCGUCCAGCAGCAACUGUUGCUUUUCCCUGCUCUCUUCUGUACACCUGGCCUCGACUGCAUUACUUUGAUUUACCUGCCUGAUAAAUUCCAUUUAGACCUUCAUGCAAGAGUUCUGAAAGAUGAGAUGUUAGAAACAUAACUCUGUAAGUGCCCACACAUUGGUUGGAUUGUUGCUUCAAUAGGUCACCUGCUGAUGACCACCUGUCCAUGGUCAUAACUUCGGUUUUUAUACCAAGUUUAAAACAGUUACCUCAGUUUAGAAAUGUUUUUUUAAAGAAGCUUCAGACUCGCUGUAAAAAUCAAGUUUACACUUUAAGAUGUGAAAGCAUGAAAACUGUAAAGGUUUAGUAAAAAGCAGGUAAGACGUUUACAGAACAGAUGGUGGAUCUCUGACAAACGCCAUAUUGGUGUUGGUUCUGGUGACUUGUUCAGACUCCUGCCAUGUUCAGUGGUUAUCAGGAAUGAGUGAAUGAAUCUGUUACAUGUUUCCUCUUCUUUCUGUUCACUUUAUAAUCCUGCUCUCAAAGGGAUCUGGGUUCAUAGUACACGUUCUGUUACAUUUUGGAUCAAGAGCCUAAAACUAAAACACAAAAGCUAAAAACAGUAAUAUGUUUGUCAUAUACUCAACUCAGGGUGAUACUCUGAGUACCAUGGAUCAUGUUUGUGCUGUUUGAGGUGUAUGUAAUAAAAGGG